UUGGAGAUUGAAAACCCUAGUCUUUGCGGUCUGAGAGAGAGAGAGAGAGAUUCAGCGGCAAAACCCCUCUAGACGAAGAUCUCUUCCCUUUAGCCAUGGCAACUGGUAAGACUGUGAAAGACGUCUCUCCUCACGACUUCGUCAAGGCUUACGCUUCUCAUCUCAAGCGAUCUGGCAAGAUCGAGCUUCCCUCAUGGACAGACAUUGUGAAGACUGGUAAGCUGAAGGAGCUUGCCCCAUAUGAUCCUGAUUGGUACUACAUCAGAGCUGCAUCUAUGGCAAGGAAGGUGUACCUGAGGGGAGGUCUUGGAGUUGGUGCUUUCCGUAGAAUCUAUGGUGGAAGCAAGAGAAACGGAAGUCGCCCACCACAUUUCUGCAAAAGCAGCGGUGGCAUUGCCCGUCACAUCCUCCAGCAGUUGGAGACUAUGAACAUUGUUGAGAUUGACACCAAAGGAGGAAGAAGAAUCACUUCCAGUGGGCAAAGGGAUUUGGACCAAGUCGCUGGACGUAUUGCGGUUGAAGUUUGAAGAAUCAAAAUAGUGUUUUGAGUUUUUUCUUCUACUACUUUUGAAACCAAUGUGUUGCUUUUAGUGUUAAAUCUUUUACCAAUAUCAUUGCUGAGACUUUGCACUCAUAUAUCUUUCUGUUUGUGUCUUCCGACAUUUAAGUCUCAUCCUCUUUCAGUUUUGUGUU